AUAGCACAUUCCAGUUAGCUACCCGAGAGGUUGUGGGACUAUGAGUCACACCGAGCCAAACCGAUUGCAAGCGAGCUCUACCCGAGGCAGGCUGUGAAUAUAUCGCAAUUCCCUGUACAUAAUAUACUUGUAAAUUCGUGUAUGUUCACACUGCAAAACCGGAUUGAACGCUGACAUUAUUAGGUCACUAAAAGGCAGUCGACACGACCGGAGUUAAAGAAGACUGAUCUAUGCAAUGUUUAUUAACAUGAUCGUUGCACCGUUAACGUAGACUAUAUAUGUUUGACUUAUACGAGACGUACAUACCAGGGUUCUCUUUUUAACAAAUGGGAAACUGUGCCACGAUGAAAGGAAGCCAGGCUAUUGAAAAAAUCUAUACAACACUUAGGCGCUGGAACCAUGGUAUUGAAGAUAGCCAUCUAAUAGCUAUUCAGUUGGAGGACCUUUUUGAAUCGCCAAUCCAUGCUAAGAACCUAGACCAGAGAGGGUCCGAUAAAUGAGCAAACCAACUUCCAAGCACUGAAGAACUUGUGACAUCUUUCCCAUCAAUAUGCGAAAAAAGGCACUGGUAAUAUUCAUAUGUAUGUCUGUGUGGACAUUUAUGGCAUAUACGCGAAUCUAUCAUUCCACCGAAAACUAUCACAAGAAAUUCAUCAUUCAUAAACGUAAAGGAAGCAAGUGGAAUUCUAGUACUCCACUUAAACACGUUUCACAAACAGUAUAUCCAUCUCCAUCAGCUCCCUAUAUACGACAUAUACAACAGGAAGCUGUAAAAUCAAGCGGAAGAAAACCGAAGGGGGACUCUGAAAACGAAAGCAGAGAGGAGUUGUAUAGUAUUGCCGAUGACGAGCAUGUAGAACCGCCAUCCAGUACUGGAUUCUCAACUACAUCGACUUCUGCUGUCCCGACAACGGCUCCAUCAACAUCUAUUGUUGGGAAUACUAUAACCGAUCUAUCGAUGACACCGUCACAGUUUCCAGCGAGUAGGGCUACAAUGGGCAUGAUGGCCAUGCCUGCAAAAAUGGGGAUAGAAAGGAAAAUAUUUCCAACAACUAAGCGGAUCACGUUAUUCGAAGUACCCCGGAGAAAGGAAUCCCCCUCUCGCUAUAUCGACAAUCCCAUGGAUGUGGAUCUCGUGUCUUCACAACUACCUGUCAGAAAUUCUUAUUACAUUAAGGCAACCAAGCCUACGCCUGAACGCGAACAUACUCUCAAAGUUAAUUUUCAGACCCAUACAAAAAUACCGCGUCAGAACAGGCCACAAGAGCUUAACAGCAAAUAUAUUGUUCCAAAUGUAAUACAAAAUGUUCCACAGCGCAGCAAAGUUGGCACACAACACUUUGAAAAUAUCCAGGUCCCCAAUACAAGGAAAAUGGUUCAUCCCACCAAAACUAACGCCGAUUUACCUCUAAAUGUAGAUAAGCAUCUCCACACGAUACGAAAUUACCAACCAUUGCACACCAGAGAGGAGCAAGCCUUUAAUGGAAACAAUAAAGCAUUCCAGUAUUCUGUCAAUUUAGGUAAAGGUGACAUUCAUCAACAAGUUAGGAAAAUUGCAAUGAUGAGGAGUCGCUUCACAAAGCCUGCGGAGACUACCCUGGAAGAGCCACCACCGAGUUACUUUGUACCAAGGGCACGGCCUGUGAACAACUUUACGUACACCAAACUUCUGUCUCCAGAUGCGUUGUGUGAUGGAAAAGUCGAGAUGAUCAUAAUCGUUAUAACCCACCCAAAGUCACAUUACAUGCGGGCCACACUGCGACGGGUUACCAAAAAUCUUUUUAAUGCAAAAUCACCGUUUCGCCUUGCUUUUAUGCUAGGGCGCGAUCGGACUGGUAGUUCUAAAUCUCCCCUAUGGGAAGCUGUGGAAUAUGAAAGUAAAGCGUAUAAUGACAUAAUAGCUUUUGAUUUCCUUGACACAUACCGGAACUUAUCAGUGAAGUCAAUAAUGAUGCUAAAAUGGGCGUCGCAGCACUGUAACAAUGCCAAAUAUUUAGUCAAAAUGGAUGACGACGUUUUCCUCAACGCAAAAACUCUGAGGCGUAUUUUAAAGAGUGGGCGGUACACCAGGGGGUUCCUCGGCGGCCACGUGACUUCUGAAGACGUGGUCCACAGAGAUGAUGAACCGAAAUGGGACGUUACAUUUGAUGAAUACCCUUACGGGUACUUUCCGAGUUUUGCCCAUGGACCAAUAUACGUAAUGUCAAUGGACGUUGUUCACAGGUUGUAUAAGGUGGCCCCGUUUCUCCCCAUGAUUCACCUUGAAGAUGUCUUUGUAACUGGCAUUCUUGCCCGCGCCAUCAACGUGUUCCCAGUCAAUCUCAACGGAAUGUCUCUAUAUCCAACGGACUAUGAUAAGGAACACGUUUGUUCUACGCUUGAUUCGAGGAUGUUUGCGGUUCACGACUUGGAAAUCAGUGAGCUAGAGGCCUUUUACACUACAUGGUGCGAGGGGCAAAGCGAUGGGGUUAUUAUCGUCAAUGAUCCGAGCCCACCCGAGGAGAGAGUGCUCCAAAGACGCACAGAGUUAGGUGUGCUCCAGAAGAAUGUGCCAAAAACUAAAGAAUCGACGCAGUUAUUGCAAACUCGCCAAAAUAACCAAUCGUUAUUGAGGUCGAAACCGAAAACGAACGCUUUAGAAAUAUAGUUGUCUCCAUGGAAAGAUGACGGUUACAAAUAGGACGCCAGGAAGGGAUAGAUCUCCACAAGCUGCUCUAAUGGAGAUAAUAUACGUCAAUUCAGAAGUGCAAUUUCCGGAACAAAAGCCGUGAAAGAUAGUGUUGGUUUUACGUUUCUCAUAUUUCUGGUGUGAAAUGAAAAUGAACAUUGAAAAAUUCAUCAAAUAUAUAUCCGGUGAGGGGAAAAUGUAGAAUUUACAGUAGAAAUGUUCAAUUAAAGACUGUAGCGUGUCUUGCUUGGUAUCACACGAGUUUCAGAAAUAAAAAGAUGAGAAUGCAGAAAAUAAAGGAUACUCAUGCAAACUGAAUCUGAAGAAAAAUGAUAGUGCGAUGUUGUUUUUUUUACAUAUAUGAUGGUGCUUUUACUAUUUUCCAGUUCAAAUUUACACUGGCAAUAUCUACACCAUAUAGGGAACAUAUUAACUGCCUUUUGCCUGUACAUUUAAAAGAAAGUGUUAGCAAUUUAGAUAAAUAUUUUUGGAGAUAGAUGGUCCCGGGUUUUCCAAUAAGUUAGUUGUGUGUGCAACUUUAAAUAAGAAGUAAUAUGGAAAAUGUUUUUUCCAUUGGAGGCUUUGAAAACUGUUUCAUUUGAAACUGAAUGUAAAUAGGUUAAAUGAGCUAACUUACAUGUAUCGUUUUAGAUACAAUAGCACAAUGAUAGUUGAGCAUGUAUACAGCGCUGUUAAAAAUUGAUUACAUACUAUUGCUAGCCUACUGUAUGGUCAUAUUCGGCUCGUUACAAACGGUUUCAAUCGUUCAGCGAAUUUUACUUUAUAAUAUAAAUGGUUUGAAGUUUAAGAGAAAUGAUAAUGAUGGAAAUAUUUUGAUAUAUAAUAUUGUAUAAAUGUAAUGGUGCUUUUACUAUUCUCCAACAUAUUUUAGUGGCAAUAUCUAGACUAUUAAGAAACGCCUUUAAAUAUUAACUGCAUUUUGUCUGUACAUGACUUGGACACCGUUAACAAUUUAGAUAAAUAUUUUUGUAGAUAAGUAAUCCCGUUUUUUCCAGGAAAUAUUCUAGUCAUUCUGCUGUGCCAUAUAAUAUGUAAGGCUGCGUUCACAUGAAAAAUCUAUUUUCUAAAAAUCCG